AAUUCAACAAUGAAGAUUUGUGUGGAAAUUAGUUCAUGCUUUCAUAAUAACCUCACAGUAAAAAUGAGUCUAAAAACUUAUUUUAGUCGGUUCUUAUCAGCGUCCAGAUCAGACUAUCCAUCAUCAUUCAUACCUUGAUUAAAGAGUCAUGCCAAAUCGCGCUCGUCAGGUGUUAUCUUAUGCCAAAAUACAGUUAUUAAAACAACCGUUUAUCAUUAGUCAUUCUAUCGUUAUCGGUUCAGGCGGUUGGAUGGUACUGAAAGCUAACUUAUAUUUAGAAAGAUGGAUGCAACAAACCCAAUAGUUCCAACAAAUUAUGGCCCGGUGAAGGGAAUACGUAACACGGCAGCGACCGGCGUAGAUUACUACAGUUUUCAGCAAAUUCCUUACGUUAAGCCGCCGGUUGGGGAGCUCCGAUUUAAGGAUGGCCAACCGCCAACACCAUGGAAGGAUCCAUUGGAUUGCAGUGUUCAAGGACCAGGCUGUUUUCAGUACAGCAAACUUUUGGAUAAAAUUAUCGGAAGCGAAGAUAGUUUACACGUCAAUGUGUUCACUAAAAAUCUCGGAAACGAAAAGCUCUUACCGGUGCUGCUUUACGUUCAUGGAGGGGCUUUCAUGCGUGGGUCAAGUGCAGUGGAAAUGUACGGUCCCGAUUAUUUGAUCCAGAGGGACAUUGUUUUUGUGUCUUUCAACUAUCGAAUCGGAGCACUGGGAUUCAUUUCGUUCGAUACACCCGAGCUGGGACUUCCGGGAAAUGCCGGUCUAAAAGAUCAAAAUUUAGCUAUUCGUUGGGUGGUUGAGAACAUUGCCAAUUUCGGUGGAGAUCCAAAGAACAUUACACUUUUUGGUGAAAGCGCUGGAGGUUGCUCUGUGCACUAUCACAUGAUUUCCGAACAGUCGAGAGGAUUGUUUCAACGAGCGAUCGUAAUGUCAGGAUGUGCUUUGAAUAAUUGGUCUGUUGUUCCAAAGCGACAGUUCAGUGAGCGUUUGGCUAAAGCACUAGGAUGGGAUGGGCAAGGUGGAGAAAAAAGCGCCCUAGAUGUUCUGAUGACGGCCGAUCCAGUGGAAAUUGUUAAGCAGCAGGAGGUUCUUUUGACGGAAAAUGAGCUGGAAAACAGAAUUCUUUUUGCGUUCGGACCAGUGAUAGAGCCGUACAGCAAACCAAAUUGCUUCAUUUCUAAGGAUCCAUUAGUAAUGUGUCGAGAGGCGUGGAGUAACGAUGUUGAUAUACUUAUCGGUGGAAAUUCCGAGGAAGGUCUCUUUUGCUUGAGUGGCAUCAAAGAAAAUCCAUCAAUUAUGACAUCUUUGAAAAGUUUUGAAUAUUUGGUUCCGCUGGAAUUGGAUCUGAUAAGAACAUCACAGCGAUGUAAAGAGCUUGGAUUGAGAUUGAAACAUUUUUAUUACGGAGGUUCAAAUCCGUCAUUAGAAAACAAAACUGGCUACCUGACGCUGAUGACCGAUAAACUGUUUUGGCAUGGAUUGCAUCGCACUAUAUAUUCGCGCAUUAAUUCGAAGAAAUCGGCCAAGACCUACGUCUAUCGCUUCUCGGUGGAUUCUGCGACCCACAAUCACUACAGAAUUAUCUUCUGCGACAAGGAUGUCCGGGGAACGGCUCACGCAGACGAUCUGUCAUAUAUAUUUAAAAAUGCGUUUGGUGAUGUUCCUCCAAAGGAUAGCUUUGAGUAUCGUGUGAUGAUCGAUAUGGUUGACCUAUUUACAACAUUUGCCACCAACAAUGGGAACCCGAAUGGGGGAGUUACCAAGGAAUGGCAACCGGUUGAGCCUGAGAUUGGCCCGUACAAGUGUCUCAGCAUUUCGAAUGACGGUUUGAAGUUCAUAGAUUUUCCAGAAAGGGAAAGAAUGGAGCUUUGGGAUUCACUGUAUCCGAAGGAUCAACUUUAUUAAUUCCCUACACCAUCACAUUAUAAACAAAAAAAAAAUUACAUUAAAUAAUUUACUGUAGUUUGAAGUGUUCAAGCUUGCUUCCAGCAAGCAAACAUAUUUGUUCUGGGGUCAUUG